GAAACUCUCUCUUGCUUGCCUCAUACCUUGUCGACGCCGUGCUACAGGUUAAACAUGUCUCGUCGUACAGCAACAAUCGAAGAAUUCGACGAUGAUACUGACCUCCCGCUCCCAUCGCGUCCCCUCAAUACUGGGCCGCGUGGACCCCUACUCGAAGAGAUAGGGCAUUCCGACGAGGAGGUCAGUGAGUCUGAAUCAGACGAUAUGUCUGCACCAGGCCAAGGAUCACAAUCACAAUCAUCAUUUCACGCUCCAACAUCGUCUGGUCAAUCGCAAGGUCAACCAUCCAAUACCAAUACCGUCACCGACAUCACGCCUUAUAAGACAUGGACGUGCAUCUACCCUAUCUAUAUCGACGCGAAACGGCCAUAUGGAACCGGUGAGCGCCGGAUAGCGCGCGAAAAGAGCGUUUGGUGGCCUUUGAGUAAGGAUAUCGCAGAUGCGACCAGCCGGCUUGGAUUAGGAACCUUGCACGAAGUGCAGAAGUCGCAUCCUAGGGACUGGGAAAACCCAGGUCGUGUACGCGUGCAGUGGAAGAAAGAUGGGCGGCUGAUGAACCCCGCGAUUAAAACGAAAAAACAACUCCUGGAGAUGAUAUCUUUCCAGAUCCAACGGAUAAAACAAGACAAUAUUCCCCGCCCACCAUACGUAAUGACCCCGCCCCCGGUUUCCGCAGCUCAGCCAGCGAUCAAGCCUCCUACGUCUGCGAAAGGCAAGCAGAAGUCCAAAGCGGGUUCUGGUGUGGCUGUGCAGCUUUCAAAGUCAAGUCAACAGCGCUUGCCUACACCUCCACAACCUCUACCAGCUCUGGCAAGCCGAGUAUCUCCUUACUCACCAGCUUUGCCCACGGGAAUGCUCAUCGAGACCGUGAAAGCUGGCAUGAGUGCACAAGAGCCGGGUGUGGGAGCUGCUCCUGGUCAGCCGGGUGUCCAAAAAGGUAAACGGAAGGUUCUCAGAGUUAGGGGGUGAUUAGGACUCGGGUACGGUGCAAACUUGAUGUACGAAAAUACUUGGAAAUACUCACGGAUCAUCGAACUUCGGUGGUGAAUUUCCAACGCACUAAGUUGUUUCAGAUCCGAGUGGUACAUUCGGACUCGUUCAUUGUCCGUACUUCCCGCAGGAGGCCAAUCGCUAUAACUUUAUGCUAUGCGUAUAUUUCGCUUAUUUUUGUUACAUCGCCUCCGGUCUCCGGCCAGCUGCUUCGCCAGCGUUUAAAAUUAAAGCAUCUUACAUGCUUUAGUAGUCCAAGGCGCUUGGGGCAAGUGCUGCGGAGCUAGACCCCUAAUUGCCUUGAGGCAUGUGGAUCACCCGCAUCCUCUGCAUGCUUGAAGAACGUGGAUGUAAUAUUGGUAGUCCAGACUGCGGCGACUGGAUGGCGAAUUGCUGGUCCGAAAU